CCUGUAGCCCACGCCGUGGGCACCUGCGGCCACGCUCGCGACUCAUGGAACCGCCCGCGCGCGCCCCGGGCUCCGCGAGUUCUCUGACGUCCCCGCGCCCUACCCGCCUGGGUCGUUAGCCCUCGCGGGAGGUCCCCUCCAGGUUCAAACCGGACCAGGCGGAGGACCUGAGGAAGACAGACGCCCGGAGGACGGGUCCCAGAGGCCAGGAGCACUGACCACCGGCACCCUGCUGUGGGACCUUGAAGGCAAGAGCUCAGCAAAGGAGGAACCAGCAGAGUGACUCCCUUUGCGUCUGGUUCGAUACCCAGGAGGGAGCAUCCUGGAGUCAGGGAAGCAAGGGGUCCCAGGAAGAUGAGUGAGUGACAACUGUCCUGCUGUUGCUGCUGCCUUAAGAGAACCCAGGGCCGGCCAGGGGUGUGAUGUCUCGGGGAUCACCUGGAGGAAAGCAGCCUCGGGCAGGACCUAUCAGAUCAAACAGGCCAGACCGCUGGCCUUAGUGUGGACCAAGGACGCCUCCGCCUUGGCUUUGCCCUCGAAUCCAUGGAGCUGAGACACGACGCCAGCCGCAAGGAGAACGUGCCCCCCAGGCCUGCGACGCCCCUGAGGCCAGGCAAGAGGCUUGAGCGACGGAGAUUUCCGAAGAGCAGAGGUGUCGGCCAGGGCAGCGGACAUGGCCGGUGGGUGCGCGAGUGCCCGGCUGAGAGGGAAGGGCCUGCCACCAUACGCUCCCCAGGGGCAGAGCGGCGCCAGGAGCCCUGCCGGGUCCAGACCAACCUGGCCGGCGCAAGCCUCGUCCUGAAGGAUGCAACUGGCCGGCUGGUGAACUCAGGCUUGCAACAGCAGAGCAACCUGCAGACCCCGGCCGGCAGGCCCCAGGGGAGAGCCCGAGAGCUUGUCGUCCAGCAGAGUAACCUGAGCAUAAGGGGGACCAGCUUGGCCGAAGGCAGGAGUCACCUCAGCCCCCGCCUCCGCUCAGAGCUUCAGGGCAGCUUCUGGCCCCACCCGAUACCCCAGGGAAGCCCUCUAUCCCGAGCGUCACUGGCUAACCCACCCUCCAGCCUGAGACAGUCCCGGUGGCUGGGCACAGACACCCCCUGCCCAGACGUCCAGCCCGCUGCAGGCUUCGCCUUUCUCAGUGGGCACACACUUCCAGGCUCCGGACCCUGGUGUGUCCUGGGGAACUGGCCCCCUAGGCUCAUGGGGGAGCCCCUCACCCUGGAGGACCUGACUGUCCCGGUCCAGAGCCAGGCUCGGGCCCCAUCCCAGACUGCCAUCCACCAGCUGCUGGCCUCUGUGCGACACCUGGAGCACGAGGUAGCCCGUCUCGGGUGCCGGGCCUCCCAGGAACCCCCAGGCCCUGCUCACCGGGACCCCUGGACCAGCAGUGGCCGGGCCCUCCCUGCCCACCGCCAGCCCGGCCAGCCUGUUCUUGCUUCCUGGGAGGGGAGGGAGAAACCCGUGCGAGGCCUCAGGGAAACUGCGGAUUUCCCAGGGACACAGGGGGCCCAGGCUGGCCUCUCGGGCGGUCGGGCAAGCAGUAAGCCUGCGUCACCGGAGGCCACGCUGAGGAUGCCGACAGGGGAUUUCCUCGACCCUAAGCAGGGGGCCCUUCUGGCCAACCCCGCGAGGCAAGGAGAGAACUUCUCCCCGGGGCCUACGUAUGGCAGCAGGCCGAAGAGGGACCCCCGGCUCCCUCCAGGGGUGGGUAACAGGGAAGCCAGACCCUGCUCUGCAGCUUGCUCCGGUGCUGCCCGGGGCGGCCCACCUGGGCAGGAAGGAAGGGAGGUGGCCCUGCAGGAGCUGGUCGGCAAGGAGGAGGAGAGGACAGCUUCCUGCCCACCAGAUGCAGCCCCAGCAAGGAGCGCCCUGCAGAACAAAGCCCGAAACGUUGGGAGCCUGGAGUCCGGGACGGCCCGAUGUUUCAGAGCCUGGUGGCAUCGGGUGCGGAAGCGACGGGCCGUGGCUGCGGCGGUGGCCCUGGGCCGCCGCCGGCUGUUGUGCAGGGGCCUGCGGGCGCUUCGGUGGGCACUGCGGCUCCGGGAGGCCCAGCUGGAGGUGGCAUGGAAGCGACACACUCAGGCCCUGCUGGCCCAGAGCUUCCGAAAGUGGAGAAACCAGACUCUGCAGCAGAAGCAAAGGCAGCCCCGCGUCCAGGCUGGGCCGGGAUCCCCACCGUCUGGGACGGGCCAAGGCCAGAGCCCCUCAGGAAGGGAGCCAGGGGCAGACCCUGCCUGGAGAAGCAGUCCAGGGAGUCAGAGGGAGGAGGCCGGAGCCUGGCCGGGACCAGAUGGAGGCGAUGGAGAAGUACAGAUGCUUCAGGCCUUGCAGCAACUGGCUGGCUUCCUCUUAUGGUGCCAUCAGAAGGAAUGGGCCAGGCAGGAGAGGAGGGUCCAGGGAGAGGCCUCCCGGGCCACGCUGAGGACUCAGAGGAAGGGGAGACCCCCCCAGGCCUGGUGCUCUCAUGCUGCAGACGCACCCAAGAUGGCCUCUCUGGACACCCAGCAGCAGAGAGCCUGGCUCGGCAGGUGCUUUGGGGCCUGGCAGCAGUUUGUGCAAAGAGGGGCCCGGUACCGGGACCGCCUGGCUCACCGCCGGGCCAGGACCCUGAGGAUAUGUCUGCAGCAGUGGGUGCGAAUGAAGCAGCUCCAGGCCUCAGAUGGAGCGAAGGUGACCCAGCUGUCCCUCUGCCGGCAGAAGGCAGGGAACGUGGCCCUCUGCAGCUCAGCCCCUGGCGUGGCCACAGCCCAAGGCCUGGGGACGAUGGCCCAGGUGCAGGGUGGCAGCUCCCUGCGGGAAGCCUGCCGGAGACUGGCCCUCCGCCGGGCGCUGCUGCUCUGGAGGACGAGGCUCUCCCAGCGUCGGAAGGCUGACUCCUUCCUCCAGGGCAUGCGGCAGCAGAUGAUUCGGCGUAUCCUGAAGGGCUGGUGCCUGAGGGCCUGGGGUCCAGGCACCCCAUCAGACAGUGCCAGGACCACCUUGGCCCCGGAGCUCCUGGGCAGCAUCCCGGGCGGGGAGGACUUGCUGGGCUGCAGCACACCCCGAAGCUCACUAGAGAAGGUUUCCGGGGCCCCCACCCUCCUGGAGACGCUCCGGCUGAGCUUUGUGUGGGCAGCUGGGCGGCAGCAGAAGAGGCGGUGCCUUCUGCUCUGGCACGUGCGGGCACAGCAGUCCCGGAGGGCAGCGAGGUGGCACCGGUGUACUCUUCGGAGGCGCAUCCUUCUAGGCUGGAGCCACUGGGCAACAGCCCAAGGGGCCCAGAGAGAGCUGGCUGUUGGCUGGGCCUGGGAUCGGAGCUGCAGGGCCGCGCUGGGCUUGUGGCGGCGGCGGCUGGCGCAGAGGCUGCAGGCGGAGCGGUGCGUUCGGGCCCGGGGUCGCACACUGGUCCGGGGCGCCCUGCACCGCUGGCACGGCUGCUGGCAGAGGCGGCAGCUCCUGCACGAAAAGUACCAGCAGUGGGUGCAGGUGCAACUCCAGGGCCUGAGGAGGUCCGUGUUCCGGGACUGGCGACGGGCAGCAGCUCAUCAGAGACGCACAGCGGCCCCGCCAGAGCAGCCCCUACUGCAGAGCCAUUUCCAGGCCCCGUGUGGAGUUGCGAGAGACACAGCGGUGUUCCCAGCCACCAGAGCCUUCCGGGAUGGCCUGAGAAGGGCCCUGGGGACCACAUUUUCCAUGUGGCGGGAAGCCGGAGCAGCCAAGGCCUGGGCACAGGAGCAGCACGUGGCCCGGGUCCCCGUGGCCCACUGGAGAAGCCGUGCACGGGGGGGCCCGACGGACCAGCAGCUGAGGAGGGUCCUAGAGGCCUGGGCCCAGGCAGCAGCCAGGGCCCGUGUCCAGGGAGCCGCCAUCACCCAGUUCCGGCAGGCUGCGUCCAGACGCCUCCUGUGGACCUGCUGGGCCCAGUGGCGGGCAGUGCUGCUCAGUGGGCAAUUGGAACCACAGGAGGCAGAGGCCCAGGAGGCCUGCCCGGUUGACCACAGGCAGCGGCCCGGGGUGGCCAGCAGAGGGCGCCUCCUAGCACUGAUGGACACUCCAGCCCCGUGGAAGCAGACCCACCGCUGCAGGACGCGGCCCAGCCCAACGCGGCACCACGGCCGCGGUGGACCGAAGGAGCAGAGAGAGACGUCCUGGGCUCAGAGUAAGGAGACCUGCCCCUGGGGUCCAUCAUCUCGCAGGCCUGGAAAUCAGCUUCCGGCAAGGUGGCAAAUCCGUUCUGUGUACUUAUUCUUUAUUAACCUCUUCUUUCCAGGUGACAGAGAGCCUCCCCUCUGCCGUGCCUUCCAGGUCCAGCUGCAGUGGCCCGGACGCACCAGCCAGGCCCAGGGCCCGCCGCCCGGAAAACCAGGAGGGGACUGCAGCUCUGAGGCCAGUGUCCUCAGAGGCCAAGGCAUGGCCGCUGAGAGGCAGCUAGGGAGGAGAUGCCUGCGGCGCUGGCACCUUGAGGCCUUGCUUCGCCGGCUGCAGGGCUCCCAGCGGGCCAGGUGCCUGGCGGCAACAUGGCAGCACUGGGUGGACGCUCAGGGGGAGGAGCAGCUGGCACGGACGCUGCUCAGGCAGUGGCACCUGAAGCGGGCCUGGCGCGUGUGGCGGCGGCGAGUCGUGCGGCUGCGGGCGGCUCGGCGACUGCAGCAACAGGAAGGCGGCCGGGUCCUUUCCCAGGCCUUUGAGAAGUGGUGCCAACAGCUGGCAGCCAGGGGCCGGAAGAGAGGAGCCACCAGCAGCCCGGUACCCCCUGAGCAAGGCGGGCAUCGGGACCCUGGGAGCAGGCUGGAAGCUGCUGGGGUGGACGUGGGCGGGGCAAGGGGCCCAGCUGCAGCUGCGACUUGUUCCCAUGGAAAGAAAAACAGAACUGUGCCCAGCCUUCCUAAGUAAGGAGCCACGUCCCACCCAUCCGGGGAGUGCAGGCUCAAGCCACCAGGCGCUCAUCCACAGCCUGGGGACAGAGCUCUGAAGGACAAUAAAACACCCUCCUUGGUCCUA